AAAAAAAGAGAGAAAAUAGUUAACAAGAUAAAGUUCCAAAAAGAGUGGCGCCAAAGGAACUUCCAAUUUUCGGCAGUUGAGCCUUUUAUCCGAUUCCUUCUAAGCUAACUUCUCUUCGCUUUUCUUCUUCUUCUUCUUCUCUCUUGUUCUUCUUCAAUGGGGUGCGACGCUUGUUCUUGGCUCCGACCCCUUGGCCCCAUCACCAUGGCCUCCCGGUCACUUGGCCAACCUCUUCCUGAGCCCAUCUUCUUUUCCCUCUUUUCGUCCAAGCCUGCCAUUGCCAUUUCUUGGUCCAUGGUGGGACCAUCAAAUUCUUCUUCCUCGUCAUCAACUGGAUCAUACAGCCGUCGAUGGCAAAAUCCAAUCCGUCGACAGCCAGCGUCGUCCUUUGAUACACCUUCUGAGAUCCACCGCCAUUGGGUCGAAGUUCAACAACCUCUAGCUUCCCAAGAUAGAUUUACUGUGGCAUCAUAUAACAUAUUGGGAGACAGAAAUGCUUCAAAACACAAAGAUUUGUACCUAAAUGUUCCUUCAGAUUACAUAAGAUGGGGCUACCGCAAAAGGGUCUUAUGUGAAGAAUUAAUGGGAUGGAACCCAGAUAUAAUCUGUAUGCAAGAGGUGGACAAGUACUUUGAUCUAAGAAACACCAUGGAGAAGGCAGGAUAUGUUGCUUCUUAUAAGCGGCGCACUGGAGAUAAUGCUGAUGGGUGUGCUACAUUUUGGAAAUCUGACAUGUUUCGACUGCUGGAGAGAGAAAGCAUCGAAUUUAAGGGAUUUGGUCUUCGUGACAAUGUUGCCCAACUUUCUGUUUUUGAGAUGUGCAGAGUUAAAUCAAGAAGGCUAGUUGUUGGUAACAUUCAUGUGCUUUACAAUCCAAGCCGAGGAGAUGUGAAGUUAGGUCAAAUUCGUUUUCUGUCCUCAAGGGCACAAAUACUCUCUGAUAGAUGGGGAAAUGUCCCUGUUGCUGGGGGUGAUUUUAAUUGCACUCCUCAGAGUGCAAUAUACAAGUUCUUGUCAACAUCAGAGCUGAAUAUCAAGUUGUACAACAGAAGAGAGUUGUCUGGUCAGAGAAGUUGCCAUCCCUCAGAAGUUUUGGAUGUUAACAGGGAAUCAAGAAGUCCGUUUACUAUUAUGGGCAGAUUUUUGAAUGAUUGCUGGACUGAUGAGGAGGUUAAAGUUGCAACUGGAAGUGCUGACAGCCAUUUAGUUGUGCAUCCAUUGAAGCUUAGUAGCUCCUAUGCUACUGUAAAGGGUUCUUCAAACAGAAGGGACUUCAAUGGUGAACCUUUAGCCACUUCCUACAACUCUAAGUUUCUUGGAACUGUUGACUAUUUAUGGUACUCAGAAGGUAUCCUACCUAGUAGAGUUUUGGAUACUCUUUCAAUUGAAAUUCUCAGAAGGACUGGUGGCCUUCCAUGCAAGAAAAUAGGAAGUGAUCAUUUGGCCUUGGUUUCUGAAUUUGCCUUCUCAAAAAGUACCAAAGAUAAUAGCCUGGCUAUGUCUACAGUCCUUGCUGGAGCCAUCUCAGCAUACAGGGAAGAUGUCAGUCUACCAACAUGAUAUAUCUUCAACCGGGUAUGAAGGCUUUGAGUGGUAGACUUUGAAUACAUCUGUUAAGAGAUGUUCUAAAUAAAGCUUACUUAAAUUCAUAAGAAAAUAAGAUUUUCUGUUUGAAACAAGAGCAUCCUGUUCUCCUUGUAUUUUGUCUUUACAGAACAUCUGGAUAUACGAGAAUAUAAAUAUUUGCCUGGUACCGAAUUUAGUCUUGUCUUUGCUCAAGGAAAAACUUGACAAUACUGUCCAAGGAUUUUAAACUUAGUGAUGCAGGACAAGUGUUCUCCAUCACUUUAGCUAAUGCAAAAAACAUAGAAAAUAGGACUUGUUUAUAGGUAUAUUUUUAUUUUGUUAUGGUCAUUAAUUAAGUUUUACAGUUGAGGUUUGGGAGGGCUCAUAUAAACAUGUUGUCUGUCAACUAUAGUCAUUUUUAUUCGUUGCGAACUUGAACACAAAUGUGAGAUUUCACUAUUAUUCCUGUCUUCUUUGCUCUAUUUUCUAACUAUUUCCCUGAUGCUUUAUCAAAAGUGCUUGUUUAGGCUAGGUACUAUUAUAGGAUGCUUACAAGAAUUUCUCUUAACUCUUAACUUACAUACACCAGGCUUUUCUUGUAAAAGCAUUCAUUCUAUUGUUUUCAACACCAGAACAUGCCUUUGACUGUUUUAAUCUAUAUUAUUCUGAGAUUCCGCAAUCCA